AUGCUGUCCGCUACUUCGGGGGCGGUGCGCAUCGGCGCCCGACGUAUCGCACCUCACGCCGCCUCGUCUGUCGUCGCACCACCGCUGUACAAGGCGUCUAUCGUUGGCCGCCACGCCACCCGUUCCCAAACCCGCGACCUCUCCUCCACGAGCCGCUUCGCCUACGCCCUCAACACGAAUCCGAACCCGCCGCUGGGCAAGAAGAAUGCUUCCAACGAAGCUCCGUCCCGCAUCGGACUCAUCGGCGCCCGCGGCUACACCGGCCAGGCCCUGAUUGACCUGCUCAAUAACCACCCCAACAUGGACCUCCGCCACGUGUCGUCACGCGAGCUCGGCGGUCAAGAGCUCAAAGGGUACACGAAGCGCAAGAUCAUUUACGAAAACCUGUCGCCUGAGGAUGUCGCCCGGCUGGACAAGGACGGGCAAGUCGACUGCUGGAUCAUGGCCCUCCCCAACGGCGUCUGCCGGCCGUUUGUCGAGGCGCUGGGCCAAAGCUCCAGCGUCAUUGUUGAUAUUUCGGCCGACUACCGUUUCGACGAUUCGUGGGCGUAUGGUCUUCCCGAACUGCUGGCACGUCCCAAGAUUGCCCAGUCGACUCGUAUUAGCACUCCGGGCUGCUACUCGACGGGUGCACUGCUAGCCCUCAACCCCAUUUUGGAGCACCUGGGAGCGUCACCGACCGUAUUUGGUGUCUCGGGCUACAGCGGAGCUGGCACCAAGCCCUCUCCCAAGAACGACGUUGCCCUUCUCCAUGAUAACCUUUUGCCAUACAGCUUGACUGGCCACAUGCAUGAGCGUGAAAUCAAUCACCAGCUUGGCAUCUCGGCGUCUUUCAUUCCGCACUGCGCCUCCUGGUUCCGUGGCAUCCAUCUCACCAUCAACGCCCCCUUGAACAAGACGAUGACGUCUCGAGAUAUCCGCCAGAUCUACCAAGACCGAUAUGCUGGCGAGAAGCUUGUCAAGGUCGUCGGCGAAGCCCCGCUCGUGAGGGCGAUCCAGAACAAGCAUGGGGUAGAGAUUGGCGGUUUCGCUGUUGAUAGCACUGGCCAACGUGUCGUCGUUUGCGCCACCAUCGACAACCUCAACAAGGGUGCUGCCACCCAGUGCCUCCAGAACAUGAACCUUGCGCUCGGAUACGACGAGUAUCAGGGGGUUCCUAAAGCAUAA